CAGUGUAUAGUUUGCUGCAAUUCUAUCAUCACAACCAGGAGGUCCUUUUUGCCAAGGACGGUCUUUGCGAGAGACUCGACCAUCCAAUCUCAUUACGUGUACUGCUUUUCGCUCAUUUACAUGUUGCCGGGGGAUAAGGAAGGAUAGAAAAGUGUGAGUAAUUUGGGAAAAGUGUUUUUUAAAGCUAGCAGCUUUUCAGGUGAUCGGAUAUAUCGGGGCUAUUUGUAGGCGUGGCCCCCCUAGGGUGGGGCUCCUCUCUGUUUCUCCUCUACCUAACGCAAUGGAAGCGAUUGCACUGUUUGAUUUUGAGCCUGAGAGAGAAGAUGAGCUAAAGUUUCGUAAAGGGGCUCAUCUAAUCGUCCUCAUGGACAAUGUGGAGAAGAACUGGUCCAAGGCAAGCCUCUGUCAAAAAGUGGGGCUUGUUCCAAAGAACUUCAUUCGUUUCAAGGUCAUACCAGGCUGCUUGAGAUUCACGACAAGAGAGCAGGCUAUAAAAUUACUCUCCGAGCACCCGCUCAAUCACUCGUACCUCAUCAGAGGGAGCCAAAAAGGAGAAAACACAUUCUCGAUCUCCGUAAAGCACGACAAAGAAAUUAGACACUUCAAAAUACUGACUGACGACGAAAACAAGUUUUUCAUACUUGACAAGAAGUUCCCAUCGAUCAAUGAGCUCAUAGAGCACCACAAGGUCUACUCACUGAACAGAACAGAGAAGAUAGUCCUAGCAAAUCCUUUGCCGAUGAUAGUCAAGUCAAGGUUGCGGUUUGGUGGCCCCGAUCAAUCUGAACUAUCGUUUGAAAAAGAAGUCCAAAUUGAAGUUACGGAUUACGUUGACAAGAAUUGGUGGUUUGGUACUUACGAACACAAAACUGGGGUGUUCCCUGUUCCUUAUAUCGUGCCUGUUGAUUUUCCACUUUAUACACCUCCAGCUCUGACAGCAACAUCCUCAAAGUAGCGUACAUGUGAAAUGAAAUGUAGGAACAAUCUAUUUAUUCUUAUUUUUUCAAUUAUUUUAUCGUGAGUUUAUUUUAUUCUGCAUCUUUAUACUAUACUAUGCUAUAUGACUGUGAUUAUCUAUUCCUAUUAUCAUGAUUAUUGAUAUUAUUAUUAUUAUUAUUAUAACAAUUCUUCUAUCAUGCAAAUCUUAAACAAACA